UUUUGGCAGCUUCGUUGCCUCAAGUCUCGCUAAUUCUCGCUUGUCUGCACUCGUCGACCGCAACGGCAUCGCACGUGAGCCCCAUGGCGCGCGCACGUGUUGGAUCGAUGGAUGGCGCAUUCGUGCCCAAGAUCAUGCAGAAGGACCCUGUGGUGUGGGAAGGAGGGACGCGUGUGGAGAAGGACCUCCUCGGAGAGCGUGAGGUGCCCAUCAAUGCAUAUUAUGGUGUGCAGACUUUGCGAGCCAUCGAGUGCUACAACAUCACGGGAAUUCGAAUAAGGAAUUUCCCUGAGUUCAUCAUCGCCCUCGCGCAGGUGAAGAAGGCGUGCGCCCAGGCUAACUACAAGUUGGGCCACCUAAGCCAGGAUGUGGCCGAUGCCAUCUGCCACGCCUGCGACGAGCUCAUCGACCCAGACAGCACUGCUCUGGGCGAGAACAAGGGGAAGCUGAUGCGCAAGGACUUCCUGGUCGACAUGGUGCAAGGUGGAGCUGGUACUUCCACCAACAUGAACGCUAACGAAGUUAUUGCCAACCGCGCCCUGGAGCACCUCGGCAAACAGAAGGGGCAGUAUGAGUUCUGCAGCCCAAAUGACGACGUCAACAAGGGACAGUCCACCAACGAUGCAUACCCUUCUGCCGCGAAGAUCGCACUGAUCAUCAUGCACGAGGAUCUCGUGCAGGCGAUUUCCAAGUUGAGCAGCGCCUUCUUCGAGAAGGGCCGAGAGUUUGCCGACGUAGUCAAGAUGGGCAGAACCCAGCUCCAAGAUGCCGUGCCCAUGACGCUGGGCCAGGAGUUCAACGCCUACGGCACCACGAUUCGCUAUGACCUGGAGAGCGUCAAGAGUGCCGUAAGCAAGUUCACCAGCACUAACUUGGGCGGCACUGCGAUCGGUACUGGCAUCGCAGCGGACAAGCACUUCUCGCAGGUGGUUGUCCAAGAGUUGCGAGAAGUUACCGGUUUCCCGAUGGUCCUGGCAGACGAUCUUAUCGAGGCAAGUUCUAGCGUGAGCUGCAUGUUGUUCUUCUCUGGCAUCCUUAGGCGCGUGGCGGUGAAAGUGUCCAAAGUCUGCAACGACCUGCGCCUGCUUGCAUCUGGACCCCGCUGCGGAUUGGGCGAGAUCAAUCUGCCGCCGAUGGCCCCUGGCUCUUCCAUCAUGCCCGGCAAGGUGAAUCCAGUGAUUCCAGAGGUAAUGAACAUGUGCUGUUUCGACACGAUUGGGAACGACAUCACCGUUUGCUUCGGCGCUGAGGCGGGACAGCUGGAACUCAACGUGAUGGAGCCGGUGAUCAUCUAUAAGCUCUUUACCUCGGUCCACGUUUUGACCCGAGGCAUGAACAUCUUGCGCGAACGGUGCAUAUCUGGUAUCACAGCGAACCGCGAGCGCUGCCACGAGAUGGUGCACAACAGCAUUGGGAUCGUCACUGCUCUGUUGCCCCACAUCGGAUACAAAAAGUGCACAGAGGCAGCAGCCAAAGCUCUCAAGGAGAAGAGGCCUGUCGCGGAUAUCGUUGUGGAGUUGGGGUACCUUGACAGUUCCAAGGUAGCUGAGCACCUGCAGCCAGAGAACAUGUGCGGGCCCACAGCCAAGAAGCGGAAGAUGUAGGUAGCGUGAUUUGGGUGUGCAUGGGACACUCGGCAUGCCGACGUAUUGUUUAAGGAGGAAAUAGCCACGUACAGCAGGACCUUGGCAACAUUUGAAUGCUCACGAGGUCAGUGGCCCUUGGCUGACCCUGGAAGGCAGGUUCGAGACACAGGCCUUGCCCUAUUGGCCUAAUGCACCUCGCUUGUCUGGAAGGCCGUCGCGAUGUUGGGCGCGCGCGUGCUUCAGGAGCCAAUAUAGUUCAAUCGAUGGCAUGUCUCGUGGAUGUUUCACCCUCGUGGAUAUUCCUCAGGCUGUCGCUGCAAGAUC